AUGGCCUCCUCCUCCUCCAUCCCCUGCCCGCCCCGCGGCAUCUACGUCCCCGCCGUCGCCUUCUUCCACCCCGACGAGACCAUCGACUUCGACGCCAUCCGCGCGCACCUCACGCGCCUGGCCGAGGGCGGCGUCGACGGGCUCGUCAUCCAGGGCUCCAACGGCGAGGCCAUGCACAUGCUGCACGACGAGCGCCAGCAGGUCCUGCGGCUGGCCCGCGAGCUCACCUGCGGCAACAUGGGCAAGCUGCAGCGCGUCGCCCACGACCCGCGCAUCGGCCGCCCCUUUGCCGCCUUUGCGGGCAAGACGGACUUUUUUCUGCACGGCCUCGUCGGCGGCUCCCACGGCGUGAUUGCCGCCACGGCCAACCUGCUGCCCAAGGCGCACGCGCACAUGCUGCGGCUGUACGACGAGGGCCGGCUCAAGGAGGCGCAGGAGCUGCAGACGCGCUUCAGCAGGGCCGACUGGGCGCUGGUGCAGCUGGGCAUCGCGGGCAUCAAGGCGGCGCUGCAAAAGUACUACGGGUACGGCGGCGGGAGGAGCAGGCGGCCGUUGUCGAGCGCCGUCGAUGCGAAGAAGCUGGAUGGCGAGGUGGAUGCGGCGGUGGGGGGGUUGGUUGAGCUUGAGAAUUCUCUGUGA